AUGUCGUUCCGUCCCUUGAUUCGAAGGGCCGUGGCCGUCUUCCGUCGAUCCUCGGCCGACAGGAGAGAAGAAGCGUCGGCUUCUUCGGUCGACACCGGGGUUGACGUCGACAGGAGUGCCGUCCAUAACACUAAGACUGACGGGGAGAGAAUCUCUCAUCCGGAAGAGGCACUGCCAAACAACGGAGCCGAGUUGCCCGGUGUUCCUUACAAUGAACUGCAACAUGGUGUCCAGGAGGCCGAGGCCGUCGCUGCUAGCUGGUCUAAAGCGUCGCUUAUCUUCGUCUUCAUCAACAUUUGGUUCCUUUACUUCGUAUACGCCUGGGUGUCAGCAGUGAACGGUAGUUUGAGCACCUAUGUCGCCAGUUCCUUCCAACAACACUCUCUUUCCGGUGUGCCGACGGCUGUCGCCGAUGCCUUUUCAGCUGCGGUGUUCCUUCCCGUUGCGAAGAUGAUGGACACCUGGGGCCGUGCCGAAGGUUUCCUCCUGAUGUCUAUCUGUGCUACUAUCGGUCUCGUUCUUAUGGCCAGCUGUGACAGCUUCGGUAUCUACUGUGCUGCUAAUGUGUUCUACUACUUUGGCUUCAGUGGCAUGGAGUUUGCCGUGGAUGUCAUCACUGCCGAUGUCUCCCAAUUGAAGAACCGAGCCCUUGCAUACGCUUUCACCUCUUCUCCAUACAUUAUCACUGCCUUUGCUGGUCCAAAGGUGGCUGAUCAAUUCCAGGCUCACACCGGUUGGCGUUGGGCUUACGGUACCUUUGCCAUCAUCUUCCCUAUCGUCGCUGCGCCUUUGUUCUUUGUCUUGAAGUUCAACCUGGCCAAGGCUAAGAAGGGUAAUGCUGUGGUCAUUAAAGAGAACAGUGGCCGGAAUUUCUUACAGAGUAUUUGGUUCUGGACAAUCGAGUUUGACUUGAUCGGUGUGUUCAUCUUCACUGCUGGUCUUCUGCUCUUCGAGAUCCCAUUCGACAUUGCUAGCGAGGCACCAAAUGGCUGGGGUACUGACUAUAUCAUCGCUAUGAUCGUUGUUGGGUUCUCCAUGCUUUUCUUCUUCGCCCUCUUCGAGCGUUAUGUAGCCCCGAGCCCUCUGCUUCCCUACCAGUUCCUUACCAACCGUACCGUGGUUGGUGCCUGCCUCUUGGACGCAACUUAUCAGUUGUCCAACUACUGCUGGAACAACUACUUCCAGAACUUCCUCCAGGUUGUCAAUGACCUGAGCAUCGCUGACUCUGGAUACAUCGUGAACACCUUCGAUGUAGUGUCCGGUGUACUGCUAUUCAUGGUGGGAGCUGCCAUCCGCAAGACUGGUCGCUUCAAGUGGCUUCUAUACAUUUCCGUCCCUCUGUACCUUCUGGGCCAGGGUUUGAUGCUCUACUUCCGUCGCCCCGACCAGAAGGUUGGUUACCAGGUCAUGUGUCAGAUCUUCUUGUCUGUCGGUGGAUCGAUCUUCAUUAUCGUGGAACAACUUGCGAUUCUUUCCGCCGUCGACCACCAGCACGUUGCCACGGCACUCGCUUUGCUCAAUGUCGUUGGAACAAUUGGUGAUUCUGCGGGUCUCACCAUCUGCACAGCGAUCUGGAGCAACACUUACAAAAAGGCUCUCAUCAGAUACCUGCCGGAUCUUUCCAAUCUGGAUGAUAUUUACGAAGAUCUGGACACCCAGCUGAGCUACGCCGUUGGUACCCCCACCAGAAUCGCCAUUCAGAACGCAUACAGUUACACUCAGAUUAGAUUGCUGGCUGUCGGUCUGGGUAUCAUGGCUCUGGCGUUCGCAUGGACUAUCAUGAUCAAGGACAUCAACGUCAAGAAGGUCGCCCAGGUUAAGGGUGUGGUGUUCUAA